UUGAUCACUGUGUUGUGGAUAUGAAGCCUCAUGUUCUAAAACUACAGCAUCGGUCAGAACGACAAAGAUGUGCACUGUGGAUUAAAAAGCUAUGUGAGCCCUCAGGAGCAGGCACAGGAAUAGCGGGAAGGAAGAAUCGGAACCUAUAUGCAAAACUUUUGCUCCACAUGCUAAAGCGAGGUGUGCUGGAAGGUCCUUUUACCCAUAAACCAGAACCGGGCAUACUGAAAACUUUACCUUCAUACAUGUCAAUUUAUUUUGAUGAACCAAAUUCAACAAGAGUUCGGAGUAGUAGCCCAGACUGCUUACCUGACUGGGUAAUGGGAGAACUAGGAAACAGUGAAUCUAAGCAGGAGGAAUCGUGGAAGAUAUCUUCUAGAGAGGAAUCCUCUUUAGCAACACCACUUACAUAUGGGGAAAGAUUCAAGUACAAUGAGAAGCCAGUAUUAAGAUCGCAUUCUAUGAGUCCUCCUCACCGGACAGAUGAAGAUAACCUAGCCACACCACUGUCUGACCAUCGUCAUAAAAAAACCAUUUCUUUGGAUGACAGUGACCUUGAAGCACGUCUCAAUAGUUGGAAUCUUGGGCUGGACAUGAAAAUGAAAAUAGCAGAAGGUAAAUUUCAUGAAGAAAAACUUAAAUUACAGCAGAAGCACGAUACUGAUGUUCAAAAGAUUUUGGAUAGAAAGAAUGAUGAAAUAGAGGUAUUGAAGUCCCUCUACAAAAACAAACAAAAUGAAGCUGAGGAGACAAUUAGAAAACUGGAGAAAAAAGUUCAGACCCUUGUUCGUGAGUCACAAGUCAUCAGAGAAGCAAAAGAGAAGCAGAUUGUGGAGUUAAAGAAGAUGUGUGAGCAAAGCAAUGAGUCUUUGAACAAUGAGUGGGAGAAAAGGCUUCACAAUGCUGUGGCUGAGAUGGAGAAGGAGAAGUUUAACAUUCGAAAGAAGCACACAGAAGAUAUGCAGGAACUGCUGGAGGACACCAAUGCUCGUCUUAGCAAAAUGGAGGAAGAUUAUUCGGAACAGAUAAAGUCAACUAACCAGACGGUCAAAAAACUGGAGGCUCGUGUCCAGCAGUUGACUGUUGAGGCUGAAAAUAGUAAUUUACAGCGUCAAAAAUUAUCUCAAGAAAAGACUGAUGCAGAACAACGUUACCAGGCGGUAUGCUCUGAACUUCAGGAAGUGAAAGCAAGGCAGAGCUCACUUCAGAAGGACAAGGACCGUAUUAUACAGGAAUAUGAGGAGAACAUUCAGCAACUACAAAGUAAAUAUGAUGUUGAUAUAAAUUUUAUAAAGCAGGAACAUGCUCUCUCUGCAGCUAAGGCAUCUGAUGUGAUUGAAGAAUUACAGCAUAGUGUGUCUCUAUUAAAACAACAGUUACAAGAUUCAGAACAUCAAAGACAGCAACAGCAGAGGGAUCAAGAAUACAAGCUUCAACAGGACAAACUUCACUUGGAGCGUGUAUAUGAGAAACAGAUUCAUGGCAUCCGGAAUGAUCUUGAUAAAGAAAGAGGGGAUGCUCAAAAGAAAAUUCGCAAACUGGAAGAGACAUUGAAGGAGAAGGAGGAGCAGCUGACUCGGGUGACAGAGGUACAGAGGCUGCAGGCCCAGCAGGCAGAUGCUGCCCUGGAGGAGUUUAAGCGGCAGGUGGAGCUGAACUCAGAAAAAGUCUAUGCUGAAAUGAAACAGCAGAUGGAAAAGGUUGAAGCAGAUCUAAGCAGAUCAAAAUCGCUCCGGGAAAAGCAAUCCAAAGAAUUCUCCUGGCAAUUGGAAGAGCUCAAGCAAAGAUACGAGCAACAGAUAGUGGAGCUGAAGCUGGAGCAUGAACAGGAGAAGACGCACCUAUUCCAGCAGCACAACGCAGAGAAGGACUGCCUGGUCCGAGAUCAUGAACGGGAAAUCGAGAAACUGGAAAAACAGCUUCGCGCUGCCAUGGCAGAGCACGAGAGUAAAACUCAAGAAUGCAGGAAACGAGACGGACAGGUUAUCUGUGAUAUGGAGAACCAAAUCCACGUGCUGAGGGAAGAGCUUAUUCAGGUAAACGCUCAGCGGAAGCAGCAGCUGCUGGAGCUGAGCCAUCAGUGGGAAGAGGAGAAGCAGAGGGCAGCUCGAGACCAUGAGACAGCAGUGAAUAAGCUGAAAGUGGAAGCCGAAAAAAUGACAUUAGACCUCAAAAAGAUACAUGUGGCAGAAACAGAGAAGGCCUUGGACAAGGCAAACAGCCGGCUGAAGCAGGCUGAGAAGGAGUACAGUCAGAAGCUGGCUAAAUCCUCGCAGAUCAUAGCUGAACUUAAGACAACCAUUUCCUCUCUGACAGAGGAGAACAGCCGGCAGCAGCUUGCCACCGAGCAGCGGCUCCAGGAAGUUGUACACAAGUUUGAAGAUAAGAAGCAGCAGCUGAUUACAGAUAAUGACAGAGCAAUCAAGGCCUUACAAGAUGAAGUGGAAAGUUACCGCAAUCAGGCGCGGGCUGCAGAGAAGAAGCUGCAACGCUGGGAGCUGGAGACCCACGAACAGAUGACCCAUGUACGACAAGAAUAUGAAACCACACUCAAAGGUUUGAUGCCAGCAUCUUUGAGACAGGAACUUGAAGACACUAUUGCAUCUUUAAAAUCUCAGGUAAAUAUUCUGCAGAAAAGAGUCUCUGUCCUCCAGGAAGAGCUGAACACCUACCACACCAGAAGGAAAAGACCUCGGAGCGAGAAUGAAAACACCAUGAUGACAAAUGUAGCUACCGUUGCCAGUUAUAUCUAUCGUUGGGGUUGCUCCCGCUGCGGCACUGACAGCGGCAGCAAGACCCCCCGUAUCGCUGCUGACAGGGACGGCCACCUCUCCUCCCUCGCCCCAGCGCCACCGGCGCUCAACGUGCCACGCACCGGGCAGAAUUCGGAGGGUUCUGACCGCUCGAGUGCCCGCGGCUGGACGCGGCUGUCCCGCUGA